AUGCCCGACGAAAAGAGGCGCAAAGUCGCCCCGGGCCGCCGCGCCCACGCUCGCACCAGCCCCCCGCCCCCCGCCGAUGCCGCCGCCCCGUCGGAGCCAGAGCCAGAGCCAGAGCCAGAGCCAGAGCCAGAGCCCUCCAACGACGAAGAAUCGGCCACCCUCGACGCCCCCUCCGCCGAGGAGUCGUCUGCCGUGGCCCCCAAGACCUUUAAAGAACUGGGCAUCGUCGACUCGUUAUGCGAGGCCUGCGAGGCCCUCCACUACCGGCACCCCACGCCCAUCCAGCAACAGUCCAUUCCCGUCGCCCUCGCGGGCCGCGACAUCAUCGGCCUCGCCGAGACGGGCUCCGGCAAGACGGCCGCGUUCGCGCUCCCCAUCCUGCAGGCGCUGCUCGACAAGCCCCAGCCGCUGUUCGGCCUCGUCCUCGCGCCGACCCGCGAGCUCGCCGCCCAGAUCGGCCAGUCCUUCGAGGCCCUCGGGGCGCCCAUCUCGCUCCGCUGCGCCGUCAUCGUCGGCGGCCUCGACAUGGUCCCCCAGGCCGUCGCCCUCGGCAAGAAGCCCCACAUCGUCGUCGCCACCCCCGGCCGCCUGGUCGACCACCUCGAAAAGACAAAGGGCUUCUCGCUGCGCACGCUCAAGUAUCUCGUCCUGGACGAGGCCGACCGGCUGCUGGACCUUGACUUUGGCCCCGCCAUCGACAAGCUCCUCAAGUUCAUCCCCCGCGAGCGGAGGACCUACCUCUUCUCGGCCACCCUCAGCUCCAAGGUGGAGAGCCUCCAGCGCGCGAGCCUGCGCGACCCCGUCCGCGUCAGCAUCAGCUCCAGCAAGUAUCAGACCGUCUCGACCCUGCUCCAGCACCUCCUCUUCAUCCCGCUCGUCCGCAAGGACACGUACCUCAUCUACCUCGCCAACGAGUUCGCCGGCAAAUCCAUCAUCGUCUUCACCCGCACCGUCUGGGAGACGCAGCGGGUGGCCAUCCUGCUGCGCACCCUCGGCUUCGGCGCCAUCCCCCUCCACGGUCAGCUCUCCCAAUCCUCUCGCCUGGGCGCCCUCAACAAGUUCCGCUCCGGCACCCGCGACAUCCUCGUCGCCACAGACGUGGCCGCCCGUGGCCUCGACAUCCCCAAGGUUGACGUCGUCCUCAACUACGAUCUGCCCCAGGACUCCAAAACCUACAUCCACAGAGUCGGCCGCACAGCCCGCGCGGGCAAGUCCGGCAUCGCCCUCAGCUUCGUCACCCAGUACGACAUAGAGAUCUACCAGCGCAUCGAGGCCGCUCUCGGCAAGAAGCUGGGCAUUUACCCCACCGAGAAGGAAGAGGUCAUGGCCUUCCAAGCCCGCGUCGAGGAAGCCCAGCGUCACGCGAGGGUAGAGAUGAAGAACCUGUCCGAAACCAAGGGGAAUGGGAAGAAUGGCGGCAGGGCGAAGAAGGAUGGCAAGAGGAGGAGAGAUGACAUGGAUAAGGAGGAGGGUUGA